UAGUUCCUAAUUGAAAUCUGCUAAUAUAACAAUGGCAAAGGACCGUGUUGACUCUUUGUUGGCCGACCAGGUAGACGAUAGCGAAGACGAAGUCUCCAGUGAAGGUGACUCAGACAUCGAGGAAUCCAAGGGGGCCGAUGGAAGUUCGUCGAAAGGAAGACAGAACAAAAACGAGAGGAAAUCUCGCAAGUUGCUAGGUAAACUUGGCCUUAAACCCGUGGAAGGUAUAACAAAAGUAUGCAUCAAGAAGUCCAAGCAGGUUUUCUUUGUUGUUAACAAGCCUGAUGUGUACAAGCUCCCUAACUCCGAUACCUACAUCAUCUUCGGUGAAGCUAAGGUUGAAGACAUGGGACAGAAUUCUGCUUUGGAGGCUGCUCAGAGACUAUCUCAACUCUCUGCUGCUCUACAGGCAGCGGAUGCCGCUAAAGGUGGAAUCAGUGACUCUGGCGAGCGUCCUUCUGACUCCCCCGAUGAUAAUAUGAAGGUGGAUGACGAUGUUGAGCACGUGUGUGGUCUUAGCGACAGUGAUGGUGUUAACUCCAGUGAUAUUGACCUGGUUGUAUCCCAGGUUGGAUGUACUAGAGAACAGGCGAAGGUUGCUUUGAUUAAGAAUAAGGGAGAUAUAGUAGAAACUAUCCUAGAUCUCUCAACUUGAUUUAUAACCCAUUUUAUAAUGUUUUAGAGA